AGGUCCUUGCCUUGACCUUCGUUCUUUCUCAAUUGAGGAUUAUAAACGACGUCGUUUUAGUUUAGGAGGUGAAUCUUUAAUCGCCUCUUAUUCUGCAGCCUUUGCCUUUUGCCCAGUCAAAUUUUCUCAUUUAGUUUUCUCUUCUCUUCUUCUCCCGUACCCACUCUCUCUUUCUCUUAUUCUAAAAAGUGGAAUCAAGCAUUCUCAAAUUAAGCGAUUCAGUAUUUUCACGAUCUCGCAUUGAUUCAUGAUUCUCUUCUGCAUGCUAAGAACAAUGUUCACGCCAGGUUCAUUAGCUUUUUAACUUGAGAAAGCAAGAUGGCUGGUGGUAGGAUUGCUCAUGCUACCUUGAAGGGACCAAGUGUUGUGAAGGAGAUUUGUAUUGGUAUUGCACUCGGAUUGGCCGCUGGUGGUCUUUGGAAGAUGCAUCACUGGAAUGAGCAAAGGAAGGUGAGAGCAUUUUAUGACUUGCUUGAGAAGGGCGAGAUCAGUGUUGUUGCAGAAGAAUAAAUUCUUCUUCUGCUUCAAUCAUAUAAAUGUCUCAUCCACAUGCCGAAAUUUUUUAUGUCGCCUUGUUUGGCUCUCAAGUGGAGCAUUGUCUUUCAAGAAUAACCAUUUCCUUGUGAGAUUUGGAGCGAAUAUUUGUUUUGAAUGAAUGUAAGAAGUUUGAUUAUUCACUUUUCAGUUCACUUAUGUUUUCCUUAUGCUAUGAUAUCAUGACUAUCUUUUUCCUUUUUCA